AUGGCAUCUAAGUCUAACUCGACUUCACCAUCACCUCUGAUGGGCCUUGAGUUGAUAGAAGACAUGACUCGGAAUGCUGGUGCGGUCCAAGAGAAGAUGUUGGCUGAAAUCCUGGCCCAAAAUGCAGACACUGAAUAUCUCAAACCCUUCAAUCUCGACCGAAACACCUUCAAAUCAAAGGUUCCAAUAGUUACCUAUGAAGAUAUCAAGCCGUUGAUCCAAAGAAUAGCUGACGGCGAUCGCUCCCCUAUUUUGUGUGCUCAACCCGUUACCGCUUUCAUCAUGAGGCCCGUCUUAAGGGGGGUGGCAGCUGGUGCGACGCCCAAGGGCCCAUGA